UGUCUACCUUUUUAUUAAAUCAUUCCACCUCGGAUUUGCAGUAUCACCCUCCUGCUUAAAUGUUCUUCUCCCCCCUCAUAUAGAGAGAGAGAGAGAGAGAGAGAGAGAGAGAGAGGCCUGAGGUAUACUUAGAGAAGUUUGGAAGAUAUGGGUGAAGAGAAGAAAGAGGAGGAGAAGAAGAACGAAGGAGAAAAAAAGGAAGAAGAGAAAAAAGAAGAAAAGAAAGAGGAAGAGCCCCAAGAGAUUGUGCUCAAGGUGGAUAUGCAUUGUGAGGCCUGUGCGCGCAAAGUUGCAAGAUCCUUGAGAGGAUUUCAAGGUGUGGAGGAAGUAACGGCAGAUUGCAAGGCGAGUAAGGUGGUGGUGAAAGGGAAGACAGCAGACCCAAUAAAGGUGUUGGAAAGGAUUCAAAAGAAAAGUGGGCGAAAAGUUGAGCUCAUUUCUCCUUUACCCAAGCCCCCUGAGGAUAAUAAAGAGGAAACCAAGGAACAACCCAAAGAAGACAAGAAAGAGGAGCCUCCAGCAGUAGUAACAGUGGUGUUGAAAGUUGGAAUGCACUGUGAAGCAUGUGCUCAAGUUUUGCAGAAGAGAAUCCGAAAGAUCCCUGGUGUAGAGUCAGCAAUGGCAGACCUAGCAAAUGAUCAAGUAACUGUGAAAGGCAAAAUUGAUCCCACAAAGCUUGUCAAUGAUGUUUAUAAGAAAACUAGAAAGCAAGCUUCAAUUGUGAAGGAGGAAGAGAAAAAGGAAGAAGAAAAGAAAGAAGGUGAGAAAAAGGAAGGUGGAGAAGGCGAAAAGAAAGAAGGUGAAGAGGGGAAGGGAGGAGAUGAAGAUAAAAAGACCGACAUCAAGAAAAGCGAAUAUUGGCACCCAAACUACGCCAUGGAGUAUGCUUAUCCCCCUCAAAUCUUUAGCGAUGAGAAUCCAAAUGCUUGCUCCGUCAUGUAAUUGAUCAUUGUUGUAUCUCCUGACUAGCCACUUCAUCUCGCUACCUUUUGCAAUUUUUCUUGUAGUGACACAUGGUAAUAAAAUAGCUCGUAGGCAGGAAUUUAAGGGUUUAUGUGCUACAUUUUGUUUUCUGAAAAUAACUUAAUCAUGUUUCAUGACAUAUGUGAAGUUUGUAAAUACCAAAAAUCUGGGUAAUAAGCGCGCUAAUUUUACGUUUUGGCUAUUGUUAAUUA